GAUAUGAAGCAAGUGAACCUGGAGCCUGGUACAUCAGUGAAUUUCAGUCGUUAUGCAGAAGCUUUGAAGAAACUGGAAUCCAUCACGAAGGAAAACAAGACCAGCUUGAUUACAACUGUCAAGCCAGGGAACAAGCUGGAGCGUCAUACUGCAUCAGCAGGGUCUGUAGCAGUGCAUGCUACAUUAUUCUACAAAGUUCGCUGUCAGAACUGCAAUAUGGUCUUUACCAUAGGUCAGUAUUUGAAUCAUUUGGCAGAUUUGCAAAACUGGAACCACAAACAGAUGUUGAAGAAAUCCUUUGCUGAAGCUGGAAGAGAUGACCAAACAGCAUUCACACCCUGGCUGGACUUGUACACGUACACCCGAGGGAAGGAACCAGCUGUUGGUGCAAGCCUGAUAGUGACGUGUAUCACCACCGAGAUUCAAAUGAAACCUAUUUAUGUGUGCUUUGCUUGUGAGGACUCUUUCUCGGAUUCCUUUCUCAAAGAACACUUAGACUCUCAAAAACAUCUCAUACUCACAUUGGUGUACCAGAAUCCCUGGCGUCUCCCUUUUGCCUGGGAGAAACCUCUGGAUAUGAAUUUCUUGAGGUCAAUGGCAUGGGAAGAGGAGAAGGAAAGAGGAUCACAUCAGAUGAUGCUGAAGGUGCUUGAUAUGCCAUACUGGAUGUUCCAGAGGCUCAUCCCACCUUCUUACCCUAAAGUGAUGGAGAGACUUGAACUAUACCACACUAUCUUAAAGCGUGAAGUUCCGCGGUGUGAAACAUACAGCAAACUCCAACAAAACGAGAGAUUUCCUUUGCUUGGUCAUCAGUUCAUGGUCAGUUACAGUGUGGCUGUCAAAUGGCAUCCGUCCACAGAAAGGGAAUCCCUGUGUUUGCUCUGUGAGAGGAAGCUGUCAAAAGAUGAAUAUUAUGCUCAUGUGUUCAGUCGGGAACAUGUUGGAACAUUUCUGAACCAUUUCCACCCAGGCUCGCUGAACUCAAGCAUGGAUGCAGAGGCCUUGUUGGACUUGGCAAAACAGGCCGCACGUAUUCAUUCUGUAUCACAUGCACAGAUCAUGGCGUUGGAGACGCCCAUCUGGGAGCCAUGCUCCUACCGGAAAACAAUAUCCAUCCUGGCAUCUGUGAAGAGGAGAGAAGGCAAAGGAAAGCUUGAACCUGAAAUAAUACCAAAAAUGAAGCUUUCCCCCAGAAAAACUUCAAAAGACAUGGACAAGGACCAUGUGAGAGACAACAGUCAGAAAAACGGCAGGAUGAUGGAGGGGCCUGAGAAAAACUACAGUCAGAAGUCCAUAGACAAUAAUGAGACGACCAUGAAAAAGAUUUCAGUAGAAGCUGCUGCUGAAAUCACCAGUAUACACUGUGUAGAAAGUGCAGCUGGCAAGAAGACUCAUACACAAAGUGAAAAAGAGUCAGAGCAGAGAAGAGAGGUGUUUUCAAAAGCUAGUUCAGAGGAGACAAUGAAUGCAGAUAGUACGUGCCCGGCAAUAAAGGUGGAGAAGAUAGAAGAGGAAAAGGUAGAAAAGACUAUUAAGCAGGAGAAGGUAGAAGAGCCUACAGCGACCCUAGAAAGCUGCCAGAACACAGACAAAAACGAUGGAACAGAGUUUGGAGAAAAAUGGAGCAAAAGUAGCAAAGAGGUCUCGACACCGUUGAAUAACAUUUACAAAGAAAAUGAAAGAAAGAGGCCUAGCAACAUGUUUGAAAAAUCACAGGACACAUGGGACUAUAAAAGGCAGCGGCUCACCUCCGAACAAGACGCAUCUGAAGGAAGUGGAGGAAAACCAAGUCAGACUGCGAAGGAUAAAGUGUCUUCUAAUGUGAACCCCCAACAAGGACAUCACUUGUGGCAGUAUCUCCAGAGGGAGAGCCGAGAGCCUGUGGUUGGUUUAAGUGCUCUCAUUGAAUGCCAUUGUGAUCAGCGUGCCCCUAUCUACCUCUGUGAGUGCUGCUCUCUGAAGAUCCUAGAGAAGGACAUCGUCAGCCAUGUUACUGGAUUAUACCACCAGAAAGUGUAUCUGGGUUUACAGGAACUGUCAUGGAACGAGCAGAGGCAGAGGAUCAUCAGACAUCAGGCUGCAUUGGUUGAAAAGGAGAAGGGAUAUGGAGACGCUCAGGUUGUUGAUCUGGAUGAAGAUAUUUACAAUAACAUCUCAAAGCAAAACUUUAAAUCAGCCAUACAAACAGUGAAGGCACUUCAUACUCAGCAGGGCGGCGGACGUGAACUCCCUUCAACCACAGCUCUGCCUGCUAUUCAUCCUGUGGACACAUCAGUAACCCUUCAUACUCAGCAUGAGGUCUAUUCUGCGAUGGAUGAAUUCCGGGUGGUGAAGAUGGAGAUUGAUGAUGAUUCAGAAGACUCUGAGGCACAGCAGUCUUCAGUUGCUGCAGCUGUGUCUGUAAUGGCAGGAACCACCUCCAAAACAACUGAAGACGUCAAAAUGACAAAUAUCAAAGUGCUUGAUUCAGCUGACAAUGGUAACACUUGCCUUACUGUUUCCAGAUGUAGUAAAGAAACAACAAGUCUUCAUGUGUCUAUAAGUGGGGCAAACACAGCACGUAUGCAUCCUGAAUCCACAGGAAAAGCUGAACACAUUAAUGUGGGGUCAUUGAAAAUAGCAACCACUUCCAAAAUAGAGGGGACAUGUCAAACUGUAGCAACGUCAUAUUCCACGGGAACCACCCUCACCAGACCCAUGACGGCCAAAACUUCAAAUUCUAUUCCAGACACCACAAUAUUAUCAACCAUCUCCAAACUUCCAGCCACCAGCUCCAGCUAUUAUACAGCCUCCACCACAUUGAGAGAAACUGCCUGCAAAAAUGUAGCAAAUACCUCCAGUGCCGGUGCAACCCUCUCUAAAUGUACAGCAAAUGCUUCCAAACUGACAGGAACCACCUCCACCUCUAGUGCAACCAACUCAAGUACAACCUCAACCACAAUGCCUGCAACAGUGUCCAAACCACUGGAAAGCAGGACUGCAGCUGCAUCAAUGCAAGUUGCAGUGUCUUCAUCUAAAGCUGCCACCAUCUCUAACACAGGAUCCAAAGUAGUGCGUGAAGUCACCAGCAAAACUGUACCUGCCUCCAAAAAUUCAGAAACUUCAUCCAAAGCUAUGGUGACAUCUGCAGCCACCGCUAAAAUGACUAAUAUGUCAGUUAAAGACGAAAACACAGAAGCCUCUGUCAAGACUGUACAUAUGAAGAAUUCCUUGGGGUCAAGUGCUGAUGUCGCAUCAAAAAUUCCUAAGAGUAACGCAUCUGCAGCUCUCCGCCAGACCACGCUCAUGUCCGUCAGGUCUGAAAACCAGAGUCCACCCCCAGAGCCAUCACAUGCCUCCGCAAGCAAGACAAAGCCACAUGAAACAGCUCCUAGAGUUGGCAUAAACCAGCUGAUUGUAGUGUCAUGUAGAGGAAAGCGGCAAGUCUACUGUCAGCUGUGUUCAGUCAAGAUGCAGAAGUCCGAUCACCUACUUGAUCGUGUCCACAAGUAUAACUAUGUGAAAAAGAUGUACCCUUGGUGGAAAGCCAAGCCAUCAGACAUGGAGAGCAAAUUGGACAACAUGGUAGCCAAUUUGGCUGAGAAUGAUGUAGGAUCCCGCUCCGCCCAGACAAUGGAAGUGAACAUUGAUGAGUACAACGAGCUGAAUGGUCUUCCAGACAACAAAGCUCUAGAAAGGGUGAAAGUAAUGGUGAAACAGAACAAGUCGCAGGUCUCAUCCUCCACAACUGAUGCUGCAGAGGUUUUGAGACAGCGUGUUGCCAUUGCUAGUCCAUGUGAAAUUUCAAGCCCAGAUGAUGGGACUUCCGUGCCACAGAAUGAAAUGGCAGGACCUUCUACUGAUAACCAAUCAGAGCAUGAGAACAAAUAUGAGCCCCAGACGCCAGACAAAUUUGAGAGAGUUAAGUCGGAUGUGGAGUCUCAAGCUACGGGUGAAGUCACAACUGCAAUUGAGAGUUCUGAAUCUGCAGGCAGAUUUGCCCAAACUCCUGAUACAUGCCAAGAGACUCUUUUGAGGGGACAACAGCAAGAGAGAAGUGAUCCAGACUUACAGGACACACAGAAGGUGCUGGAAGGCACUCAGAAAACAUCACUUGUAACACUCUUCAACCCAGACACGCUUCCUUCCUCCGCUACAGUGAAUGCCGACCAGCAGAAGCAAUCAGGACACAGUCAGAGAACACAACAUGUACCCAUACACCACAGUACAUCACAGGCACUGUCAAGGAUGCCAGUAGGCGAAAAAACUCAGGGCAGUCACUUGUCCACAUACUUGAAGGUGCGGGGACUGGAAAAUGAACCAGUAAUAGGUCUGGGCUCUAUUUGGGAGUGUCGAGGGAUAACUCGGAAAGCAUUCUUCUUGUGUGAGAGCUGCAAGGUUAUGCUCCCAGCGGGACUCAUCUGUGCCCACGUCAUCAGCAUUGAGCACAAGUUGUCAUACACACUGAGGCAGGACCCCAAAUUAAUGUCGCUUUGGCGGGAUGAUGAGCACCAAGAGAACAUACUUUUAGAUAAUUUAUUAAACAUUGUUGACAAACUCUCAGACCGCGAAGGCUUGGACAAGACCGAGGCGCAGUGUGUAAUGCUGGGAAACGAGUUGUAUGAGUAUCUUCAGAAAGCUUCAUUCAGUGAAGCUUUAGAAAUUGUAAAAGACAUCUGGAAAGAACAGAGACUGAACGUCCUCUUUCCAACCCCUUCACAACCAAAAGACCAGCAGCCUGAUGGCCAACAGAGUCUAGAGGAAUCUCUUCCCACAGAGAUGCUGUCAGCACAGGCACUUGAGACAGACCACAGAAGUGUCAAUGAAGCGAGAAAAAAAACCGAACCACAUUUGGAAGACACUGCUAUGGUUGGAGAUUUGGAUGAGGUCAAACAAGGAAGAGUCUUGAGUCUGGAUGUGACCAGUGUCUCCUUACAGGCUGAUUCAGUUGUCUCUCCACUCUCUGCUGCUGCCACACAUAUCUCUCCCAAAGGGACCUGUGUGAGCCUGUUUGUGCAACCAGAAGUCAAACCACCAGUCUCGCAGCAGCAGAGGCCUGUCCCCGAGUUGCUAGUGAAACGGGCAGAAGUGCGCUCCGAAUCCCCAUCUUCCUCUGUUGUUGGUCCUAGUCAAAGCCCGUCCCCGUCUCCCAGCAAUAAAUGCCUUUCAACCAAGAAAAGGUCAGCUGAUGAAACACUGGUCAGACCUAACAUAAAUAACCAACUCAAGGGUCCUUUUGCAGCCAAAUGUUCAUGCAGUGCAUUGCAGCCUAUCAGUCAGCCCAGCCCUGAAACGGCCUCCGAGUCCACUUCUGUUAACCAUGCUGCAACCUCCACCCUCCUGUCUGCUAAGGACGAAGGCACAGGAACUGGAUCUGAUGAGCAAGACACACCCAUUAUGGACUGGGACUCGUUCGCACAGAUAAUGGCUAUGGUGAGAGAGAGGAAGUCUGAGAUAAAUAUGCACCCUUGCACGUCUGCUCCAGAUAAUGCUGAGACUACUACCGCCUCCGCUAACGCUUCAACCAAAAGUGCUGUGGAGAGAAGAUGGGAAACAAAGUGUGUGCAGACUACAUCUACAGUGGCAAAAAAAGAAUGGGAUUCAGAGUCUCAGCUGGUUAAAGCUACAUCUAAUGCAGACUCUGCCGGUACCACUGUUAGCAAUGGGGUUUGUCAGUUGCCCAUUAACACAAUCGUAACUGCCAGGCCAGACCCCACUAAGCAGCAGUUUGUGGGCGGCUUUAAUGGACAGGACCACAAUCAGAUCUCUUACUGUUUCUCCACAGCUGCAGCAGCAAACGCCAGUGACACUGUGGCAGCUUCAGGAGGGUAUGGUCAGUACAGCCAAAUGGCUUAUUUUGCAAAUGGACAUUCAGAUUAUCUUUCUGAGGCUGUUGCAGGUUACAUAACACCAAACAAGCCUCCUGUAUACACUGGGAGUUUGCACCAACAUGAAGGGUAUACUACAGGGGGACUCUACCCAAGCCAGAUUUACCCAGGGCAGGAAGCAAAUCACUUUGGACACACAGCAACUCCGACCCAAGGAUGGGUGAGGCUGGGAAUGCAGGAGCAACAGCUAACACAGCAGCAGGAGCAACAGCUAACGCAGCAGCCACCGCAGCAGCAGCAGCCACCUCAGCAGCCACCGCAGCAGCAGUACCUCUCAUGGACAAGUGGUUCCCUGGGUGCCGGAAAUGGAAACGUGGCCAGUGAAUGUGCCUUCUUUGGCGCUGUUCAAUUCCCCACUCCGGCCAACAAUUCACAAAUGUUAAUGGGGUUGAACAAUUACAGCACCAACACAAUUGUUCCAACACAAAAUGGCAACAUCAUAAUAACACAGCACAAUCCCCAAGUUCACCUUAACUCUGAUUCACGGUUCUCCUACAACCAACAGUGAGAUAACAUCCCAUGUAUCCGCAAACUCCCUUUUUGCCUCUGUGUUUUUUUCUGUAGCUCCCUCAAUGGUUAAUGCCACUUCUCCAAUUUCACAUGAAACUACCUGUUAAACCAUGUAAAUGAGAGAAAUUUUUACAGUGAUGUGGUGACUAAUUUCUGCAAUCAAAAUGGAAAACCCCAGCUUUGUUCAUUUUAUUUUCUUGUUUUGCUAUUUCAGCCUUUUCAGGUUUUAAAUAAUCCUUAUAAGCAUUUGGAAGCAUUUUUGUGUGUGUGUGUGUGUGUGUGUGUGUGUGUGUGUGUGUUAAGAUAGACAUGGUAGAAGUUCAGCUUUGAAACACCCUAAAUAAAAUUACCUUUAAAUGAAGUACACUGCUUUUCUGUUGAAGUAGCACCAAGUUCAGGAUAAGGAUCUGUUUAUAGCUUGCUUUAAAUAUGAAAGAAGAGUUUGUAAAUCUUUUAAAUACGAGCACUUUAAGCUGCUGUUGCUCGUUUCAGUUUUUAAUGUUUUUCUAAUGUUCAGCAGUCAGCUACUGUAAUUUUUGUACAAGUUUUAUAUUAAUUUUGUGUUCAUUUGAAUAAAAUUCCUUUAAAAAGAU